ACCUCAGGCACAGUACAAAGGCAAAAGCUACUCAUCUUGCAGAGCUGCCAGUAGAACACUUCUUCCGAGUCAUUAUACGCUGAUUUGGUGUAGCCUAUGGGGAGGAUAUUGAAGGUCUUUGCCAGCUACUUUCCAGCAAAACAAAAUGAAGAGUUAUUUUUGCAGCACCCCCAGAGAGCCUUCAGCUAGUUCCAGUAAAGUGUGUAUGAAUCUGUUAUCAUGUCACUAUCGGGUUUUUCUAGUGAGAGCAUGGUCAUCAUCACAGAGUAAUAUUUAGUCCUGAAGUUUCAUAUUGCAUAUCAAAUGCUAAAAUCAGAGAAAGCAUCAUCUACAAUGGCAAGUCCAACAAACUGGCAACUUUGUGCUCUUUGUCAGGAACAUUCGGAUAAUGAUCUAUUAAGAGAUGCUCGUAGAGCCAGCAAUCAGUCAAGUCGAGAAGUCUAUGAGAAACUUGCUCAGAACCUCAGAACACUGCAUGAUCUAGGUGCCUUGCCUUGUGGGAUAAACAUUUCCCGACUGGAUGAAGGUUGUGGUAUUGCAGAGACGCUAGCUUUGCAUGCUGCCAAAUGGCACAAAAAAUGUUACAGGCAAUGUUGCGGUUAUAGAGUGGGCCGAGCUGAAUCAGUUGCAAUGAAGCAGAGUGCAGACAACAAACUUGAUGAUGCAGCUUUCUCACCUGUAAGGAAAAGACUAAGAACAAGCUUGGCAUCUUCAUCUGAAGAACAGAAAAACACUAAGACAUGUUUCUUUUGCGAUGAUGUUAUUACUAAUGAUCAAGUAGUUCACAGGGCAGCAACAAUAAAUUUAGAUUCAAAAGUUAGAAUGAUGGCGACAGAGCUGAGAGAAACCAAACUUCUUACUAAAUUAUCAGUAGGUGAUAUGACAGCAUCAGGUGCCGUAUAUCACAAGAAAUGUCUGACUGCCCUAUACACCAGAUACAGAUCAUUUGAAAGAAAGAAGGAAGUACUUACCAGUUCAAAUGAAAAUAUGCAACCGGAAUCGGUAGCAUUGGCAGAAUUGAUAUCCCAUUUGGAAGAAAUGAAGUUGACAGAUGGCAGUUGUAAUGCAUUCAAGCUUGCAGAUCUUGUAAAACUUUAUACAGAGCGUUUGAAGCAACUAGGAGGUGAUAUUUCGAAGAAGAUUAAUUCAACUCACAUUAAAGACAAGCUUCUCAGACAACUUCCAUAUCUUGAGGCACAUACAACCAAUUAUGAGGUAGUUUUGUCGUUUAAAGAGGACACUGGUGACACUUUAUUGAACACCUGUAGACAAGGCUCUGAUGAUGAUGAUGCUGUAAUCUUAAUGAGAGCAGCUAAGAUUGUGCGCAGAGAUAUUUUGGAAAGGCAUCAUCUCUUCAAUGGAUCUCUUCUUGACGAAUCGUGUAACACCACAGCUCAAUCAUUAACCACCUUGAUGCAAAUGAUCCUUGUGGGUACCAACAUUAAAAAACAGAUGACAAAGAAAAAGAGCAUCCAUGUGCAAUCCAUAAGUCAGCUUGUCACAUUCAACACUGUUAAACGAGGUAGACCUGAAACCGCACGAGCCCGUCAUAGUUUGGAGCGUGAAACCUCUUUGCCUGUCUACCUUGGUCUCCUCAUUCAUAAUAAGACAAGGAAAAGGGAUCUUGUGGACAUCCUUUUUCAGCAUGGUUUGUCAGUGUCAUAUGACCGCGUCCUCCAAAUAUCCGUAGAUGAAGCUAACAAGGCUAUCGAAGUCUAUGAAAAUGACCGAGUGGUGUGUCCAACUAAACUGCGAAGUGGGUUGUUCACAACAGGGAACCUGGACAACAUUGAUCACGAUCCAUCAGCAGGAUCCUCGCGAACUUCCUUUCAUGGGACAGCAAUUUCGCUUACACAACAUGUCUCACAAGACAAUAAAGGUACCGUUAGGAAUCAUGAGAAUGUCGCUGAGAAUGGAAAGAGUAAGCAUAGGAAAACCAUUGAUGCCCUACCAACAUCUUACAGUGAUGUCCCUCCUGCGGCAUUUCCAUCUAAUCAGCCCAUUCCAAGAAAACCUAAGCAUCAAUCAACUCCAACUGUUUCUACAAGAAUAGAGGACAAGGACAGUCAGUGGCUUUCCUUUGUACACAAACUGCGGGAGAAUGGAGGUCUCGAGGGUGAAAAGGACAUAUCCUGGUCAGCCUACAUGGCAAAUUUACAGGUUGGAGUUCCUCGACCACCUGCUAUUACAGGACUGUUACCUAUGUUCCGUGAGAGUGCCCAUACAUUAGAGAUGGUGAAACAUGGGAUGAACUCGAUCAAGCAGGCAGCAGAACUACUGAAUCCCGGGCAAGUUCCUGUUCUCACUGUUGACCAACCCCUCUAUGCUAUUGCUAAGAAGAUUCAGUGGACAUGGCCAAAUGUAUACGGCGAAGACAAGUUUGUGGUGAUGAUGGGAGGACUUCACAUAGAGAUGGCCUUGUUGAAAGUGAUCGGUGACUUCUUGGAAGGGAGCGGUUGGACGAGUGUGAUCACUAAUGCAGGUGUAACAACAGAAGGAAGAGCCGAGAGUCUUCAAAAAGGAUCACAGACUUCAAGGGCUCAAUGGGCACACCAGGUUACUGCUGCAGCACUUCAUUCUCUUCAGCAAUCAGCAUACCAAGACUAUGUAAAAACAUGUGCAAGUGAAAACAUCCAAUCGUUUGAUGCUUGGAAGCUCAAGAUGGCAACAGAUUAUCCCCAGUUUUGUUACUGGAAUAAGGUUUUGCAGUUGGAAUGCCUUCUCCUAGCAUUCCUAAGAUCACAAAGGGAAGCUAACUACAUGAUGUACGUGGAGGCCCUUAAGGCGAUCAUUCCAUGGCUGUUUGCAAUGGAUCAUUACCAUUACAGUGCAUAUCAUGGAUCUCCAGGAUCUUCCAAUCAAUCCCAUGGAUACCCAUAAUUCCUUCACCGAUGGGAACUUUGUUACUCAAAAGUCAUCACACAGAUUCUCUGCAUUAGCACAUGACCAAGUACAUGAACAGCAGAAUGCUGUAGUCAAAGGUGAUGGUGGGGUAAUAGGAAUCACUGAGAAUGAAGCUGCUCUUUGUCGAUGGAUGGUGGCUGGUCCAGAAAUAGCAAGAAUUAUGAGUGAAUAUGAGGACCAGUUCCAGAGCGAGAAGGAACCUGAUGUUCGCCAUCAUGAGCAACUACCAAGCAUGCAGAAAUCCUUUGCAACAGAUCUCAACAAUACAAUAAGUUCAUUUGAGAAACUGGGGAAUCCAUUUGAUGAAGACACUAAAGAUCUGUACGUGCUUGACACCAAGGUCGUCAUGCCCCAUGAAGCAGUCGCAACACUCAGAUCAAUAGAGGAAACUGGCAAGGCACAACAUAACAAAUUUCUGGAGAGAAUGAAAGAUCCUUCUGGAAAAUUCUAUGACAAAAUUUCAAAGAACAAUCUGGCAAUAUUCAAAUCCAAGGCCAAGAAAGUACAUGCCAAGUCUUUGGUGAAGAUGACUAAUAUGAAAAGCAAUGUUGAGCUAUUUUCUCGAAUGUACAUUUCUUGUCAAGCUAGAGAUGGUGAUAUCGACACAUUCUUUGAACAUGAAUGUCACAGUUGGCCCCCAGCAUUGGCAGAGAAUAUUGAUACAAUGCGCCCUCCAACCAGCAAAGCUGAUCUUGUGCCUUGUUUGGAAGCUCUUGUACCCCGUACCAAGGACAUACCCAAAGCAGAAGUUUGCAUUUUCGAUGGGGCAGCCCUAGUGCAUCAGUUGGAACCCAAAAAAUGCAAUGAUGUAAUCAAGACAUUUGGAGAUUAUGCAGAGAAGCAGUUCCUUCCAUACAUUGCCCGAAAAUUAAAUGAGGAGACGGUGGUACGUGUCGAUGUUGUGUGGGAUACAUAUAGAACCGACAGCCUAAAAGGAGGCACCAGGCUUGGUCGGGGUACUGGCAUGCCACUUCAUGUAACUGAACAAACACCAGUACCUCUAAACUGGAGCAGCUUCCUUCGUGUAGAUUCUAACAAGAAGACAUUGUUCAAUUUCCUUGCUGCUUCUCUACAAACAAUGAGUGUUCCAGAUGGAAAAACUCUACUUACAACCCAGGAAGAAGAGGUUAAAUCAAAACCCUCCUUAAAUGUUUGGCAGAACAUUCAACCAUGUACACAUGAAGAAGCAGAUUCACGCAUGGUGCUUCAUGCUUGGCAGGCAUAUCAGCAAGGAUUCAGAAGUAUUAUCAUUCAUGCUACAGACACAGAUGUGGUUGUGUUGGCUAUCGCAAUGGCCAGUAAAAUGGAUGGCGUCGCAUUGUGGUUGGCCUUUGGACAUGGAAGAAUUCUGAGGUACAUAGCAGCUCAUACUAUUUCGAGAAAGCUGGGCCUCGAACGUUCAUGGGGACUACUGUUCCUGCAUGCUGUUACUGGAUGUGAUACCGUUUCUGCUUUAUCUGGGAUAGGCAAGAAGACUGUGUGGGAUGUAUGGAAUUCCAUGCCAAACUUAGGAGAGGUCUUCAAUCGUCUCUCGAAUGCACCAUUUGAAGUAACAAAUGAUGACAUGGACACAAUUGAAAGGUUCUUUGUUGUCCUGUACAGUAGAACUUCCUCUCUGAAGAAAGUAAAUGAAGCACGUAAGCAGCUAUUUGCUCAGGGGAAUCGACAGCUGGAAAACAUUCCACCAACUAAAGAAGCACUGCGUCAACAUGUGAAGAGGGCAGUCUAUCAAGCAGGUCACAUAUGGGGACAAUCUCAAAAAGCAAACCCAGAGCUGCCUUCGCCUGCAGAUUGGGGAUGGACAAAGGAUGAUGAGGGAUGGCAUCCAUUCUAGACAGUACUGCCAGAGGCGUCAAAAAGCUGCAGAGAGCUGAUCAGAUGCAAGUGUAGAAAGCGGUGCACUGGAAAUUGCAAAUGUUCUGCAGCUAAUCUACCAUGCACAGGACUAUGUUUUUGUUCAGGACAAUGCUUUCGACAUGAAGAAUAGGAGAGUCAAGUUGGAUUGAGAAUUUAUGGACCAUGUAUCAUUGCUUACACAUUUGAAUGACACUAAAGCAGGUAUGAGACUUUUUUUUUUCAGACCGAAUAGUCAGAUUGCUUGAACGGCAUUUGUUUUCAACCAACAUUCCAAAAUAACUUUGCGUCCAGAAAUACCCAGAAUGAAAAAUGUGACAACUCAUUUAGAAGAGAUAAAAAUUUAUUUCUGCCAUUUAUGAAUUUAAGAUGUCCGCCAUCUUGGAGCUGAAGAUGGCGUUUGACCCAGUGGUCAGAUGGCAAUGAGCAACGAAAAUACCUUGAUUGUGUGCCAAAUUACUGUGCCAUAGAUCAUGCAAAUUAGAUUGUGGAGAGAAUGAUACAAAGCAAUUUUUCAUGACGGCCAUCUUGAAUUUCAAGAUGGUUGCCGACCCAGUGGUCUGAUCACUUGGGGCCAGCAUUUUUCUUAAGCAGUGCUUCAAAAUACUCCCGUAUGCCAAAUUACAGAGUGACAGCUCAAGUAGAACGAAACAAGACAAGGUGGGGGAGGGGGAUAUGUCGGCCAUCUUGGAAUUCAAGAUGGCCGCCAUCUUAGAAAUGAAGAUGGCGGCUGAUCUGAUUGUCAGAUUGCAUAGGGCCGAUGAUUUUUGAAAUUGGCAUCCCAAAAUACCCCUGUUUGCCACAUUUCAGUGUCAGAUGUGAUGUAUAACUCAAGAAAAUUAGAAAAAUGAUUUUUGAUGGCGGCCAUCUUGGAUUUCAAAAUGGUGGCCGACCCGGUGAUCAGAUCGCUUGGGGCCGGCAAUUUUUGAAAUCAGCGUCCCAAAUUACGCAUAUAUGCCAAAUUUUAAUAUAGGAAUUCAAAAGAAACUUGAGAAAGUGUUUUCAAUAAUAUUUCAUGGCGGCCAUUUUGCCGCCGACCAAAUAAUCAAAUUGCUUGGGGCUGACAAUAUUUGAAAUCAGUACCUCAAAAUACCCCUGUAUACCAAAUUUCAGUGUCACAUGCCAUGUAAAACUCAAGAAAGUGAUAUUUAUUGAUUUUUCAUGGCGGCCAUCUUGGAUUUCAAAAUGGCGGCCGAACCGAUGGUCAGAUCGCUUGGGGCCGGCAAUUUUUGAAAUCAGCGCGCAAAAAUACCCCUGUAUCAUUACUACUUUAGUCUAGGCCUACCCCGGUUUGGACCUUGGUCCUGGCCAGGGAAUGGGGUGGCGCAGCCCUGCCCCUGGACUGGGUCUGGCUGGGGCUCCUUCCAUUCAUGCUUUAUAGAUCAAAAUCGAGACCUAAUGCGGGACCUAAUCUAGUUUAGCAAUACAAGAGAUCUAGGAUAGAUAUCUAGCUCAGGCAAUACGAGCAAUCGCUUGUAAUUAGUCUAUUCUAGGGCCCAAGAUUGAAACUGUCUUUACAUCAUUAGUAAGCUAACAUUAUAGAUCUACUAGAACCACAAAUGAUACUCUAGAUCUCUUCUAUGUCUUAUCUUAAACCUGACUUUUUAACUCUGACAUUAAAAUUCAAAUAGAAUCCAGUACAUGUACAUGUGUAGGUUCUAACUUAGACCUUUGGGAGAUGGGGCCUCCGCUGCCUUCGCUUCGGUGGUGGAGCCCCCUGGGUUUAUGAGAGAGCUAUGGAAUAGGGUAGUGUAGCUCUAAUAUAUUAUAAUACUGUUUUCUAUUGCCAGGGGUAGAGGCCUAGAUCUAGUCAAGAUUUAUCAGUUGGUAGAUGUGCACUACAAUAACAUGUAAAGUAUAAGACCCUAGAAGUGAGUGGGGGGUCCCUCUUUGUUAAAAAAAAAACCUGAAGUGGUUGGUGUGUAAUAAAGGUGAUAAUAUAAUUCAGAAAAUCCUGGGUCACCCUCUGUGCUAACGAAGACUGGAGACUACUGAACAGGAAGGGAAAGAAGGGG